UUUCCUCUUUACGUUUUAAUGUCGUCAUUUAGUUUUGCGUUUGUGUUUUGAUUUUCAAUAUCGGAAAUAUUAGUCGAAAUAAGUUCAAGGCCUUGACUAUCCAGAGCUUCCCAAUUUGCCAGCUAGACGGUUUCGUUGACCCAAUUUCAUCAUGCUGGACAAUAGUGAGGCAUCCGAAGAGUUGAACGGCAUCAUCAACCAGAUGGGCGGCUACACGAUGAAUGCUGCGGAUUUCGUCAGUUCGUAUGAAAACAUGCGCCGAACGACCCGGGUAGGUGGUAGAGGUCGCGGUAUCAUACGCCAGAAUGCCCAGGAUGGGAUGGCAGAAAUUCGUCUCGCCGCUCAACUGAACCGCCUGCAGCCGCACGCCUUCCCGAUCGGCCACCUAGCAACGACGGAUGAGAUACUUGCGCGCAAUGACCCAUCUGAAAUCACAGCCGGUAUUCGAGCGAUGGGAAUCAGCGGUGCAGAUGGUGCACUGAGCAGUGCCACUACACGGCGUACGAUUUUGGACGGCGACGAUAUACAUAUCGAUGGUAACGUGCCCGUCAUUCUUAACGGAGAUCUGUUUCAUCAUCAGCGAAACUCGCCGGACGAAAGUAAUUUGCCUAAACCGGUGGAGCCCUACGAUCCGAAUCUCCCACUAGCUUUACAGUUUUCUACCAUCACCGAGCUUCAUAGGUGCCCGCAAGCUCCCGUGCGGAAAAAGGAACCAAAACCUCAACCGGCACCAUCCUCCAGUCGGAGCAAAACCAAAAAAAUCAAAUAUAGAAGGCUACGAGACGUCGAGCUGAAGGAGCAACCCAAACCGCGAGGACGAUACGAUAGGGAUCUUCCCAUUGGCCCUGGAAUAGCCAACAGUCGCUCUGUUUUCGGGGAAGAUGGUAUCAAAUUUCUCUAACAACCGAUCAAUUCAAACUUGCAAACGGGUGAUAUUUUUAAAACAUUCAAAAUCAAAAGAUUAUCGUGCACACUCUUUCAUUAGUUCUAAUCAAGCGAAAACCAUUUCGGUUACCAUUUUUCCUCUACUUUACUUAAGUUUCGAAGGUUCAUAGAGGUUAAGUCGUUAAGGCCAUUCUGCCUGGCUACACUUCUUUACAGGGGAGGUUUCAGCCUCUGCUAGGAAUCGUACCCUUGCAACCGAACAAAGUGUCUAGGGGUUAAACUGGCAAUUGGUUUGAAAAUUAUCUAUGUUUUAGGACAGAAUACCUAAUACCGAAUUUAUUGUCUAACUUGGAUGAAGGCUUCAAGGAAAAACAGUUUAUACAUUUGAUACAAACAGAAACAAAUGAAAACGUCGGUAUUUACAACAAACCUUACCGUACAAGAAAACUGUUCUUAUGCGGAUUGACGAUGUUUAGUAAGAUAAAUGUAAGCCGCGACCAAAGACAAUAUGAGAGAAUAAACCUUUUCGUGUUGAUGCAAUAUAAUGGAAGAGAAGGAAGUAAAAAGUUGUUGAAAUAAUAUACUUACAUAUUUUUUAAUAUACAUUAAUAGUGUUCUGGUGUAGCCUUGUUGCGUUUAUUUUAGUUUAAUGCAUGCGCAAGGCCAAAAAAAU